AGCACUUCGCAUGAUUGUAGUCUGUAGUCAGUAUCAGUAGAAUCACAUUAGAACGUCAAAAUGUAUCAAAUGCGCUUCGAGAAGUUCGAAAUGCCGAAGCAGGGCUACGACCAGAUGGGCGGCGGCAGCAUGGUCCCUGGUGGCGACGGCACCAAAGGGUACACGGCGGACGACGGCGGAGGCGAUUCGCCGAUGUCGUUCGAGGAAAUCGAACGGCCACCGUUGCGACACAUCGACAAGUACGUCCGGGCGGAGUGUCCCUGCAUCAAAACGACCCGAUUUACCAUCGCCCUGAUGACCUGUCUGGGGUUCAUCAUUUCGUUCGGAAUGCGCUGCAACAUGGGCAUGGCCAAGCUCCAGUUCGAGAAUGCGACCGUCAAAUACAACUGGACCGUCGCCAUGGAGAGUGCGGUCGAUUCUUCCUUCUUCUGGGGCUAUCUGGUGACCCAAGUGCCGGGAGGUUUCCUCGCGUCCAUGUACCCAGCCAAUCGAAUCUUCGGUACGGCAAUCGCAUGUUCAGCAUUUCUCAACCUCCUCGUCCCGGGAGCGAUGGCAUUGCACCCUGUUGUAUUGAUUAUGGUUCGAGUGGUGCAGGGAUUGGUAGAGGGUGUCACGUAUCCUGCUUGCCACGGUAUUUGGCGCUUCUGGGCCCCUCCACUGGAGCGAUCACGGUUGGCAACGAUGGCGUUCAGUGGUUCGUACGCCGGUGUCGUGAUAGGAAUGCCAAUGUCCGGUAUCUUGACCGGCUGGAUCAGUUGGCACGCGCCGUUCUUCUUCUAUGGCUUGUGCGGGGUCAUCUGGUACUGCUUCUGGCUGUGGUUGUCGUUCGAGAAACCGCGACAGCAUCCAACCAUCUCGCUCAAGGAGCUGAAAUACAUCGAAAAAUCCCUCGGAGACUCGGUAUCGCUGCCGAUGCCGAAAAUUUCCACCACACCGUGGCGAGCGAUGGCCUCGUCCAUGCCGGUGUACGCCAUCAUUGUGGCCAUUUGCCGCUCGUGGAACUUUUAUCUACUCGUACUGUAUCAAAGCGCAUAUCUUAAGCAUUCGUUUGAUUUCAAAAUCGAAGAGACUGGUAUUUUAGGAGCACUGCCACAUCUACUGAUGACAAUUAUUGUGCCAUUCGGAGGAAUGUUAGCCGAUUACCUGCGAAAGUCCGGAAUAAUGACGACAACCAACGUGAGAAAGUUAUUCAACUGCGGUGGCUUUGGCUUGGAAGGAUUCUUCUUCCUAGUAGUGGCGCACUCAACUAGCCCUAUGGGAGCCGUUACGGCACUAACGUUAGGCGUCGCCUUCAGUGGGUUCGCCAUUUCCGGCUACAACGUGAACCAUCUGGAUAUCGCACCCCGCUACGCCAGUAUCCUGAUGGGAAUGUCCAACGGCAUCGGCACCAUUGCCGGUCUGAUAUGUCCCAUUGCGAUCGAUCAUCUAACGAGGGGACAGCCAAAAUCCUGCUGGUCCACCGUGUUUAUGAUAGCAGCCACGGUCCAUCUGGUAGGUAUCACAUUCUACGGUAUAUUCGCAUCAGGGGAAUUGCAACCGUGGGCUGAACCGACAAUCGAGGAACAGAAAGCGUGGGAUCCAAUGGCCAGUGGGUACGAGAAGGAAACGACAUUCAACGACACCACCGCCGGCGCAGGUGGGGCACCAAUGGUUGCCAGCAUGGAUCCGUCGGCGCAGAUCAACAGCACCAAGACGGUAAGCUACGGGGCGGUUUCGCACGUGGCAGGCAAUCCGUUUGCCUACCCGAAUGUGAUCAACGAGGAACCGGUGCAGCCGGAAGCCAAGGACACCUACUUACACGGCAACCCGGACGAACGUUCGUAUUGACCUGCGCGACUUAAGAAAACCGUAACGUUCAGUUGUAACUAGAUAGAGUCGUUAAGAUUUGAGGUCACCCCCGAGGUGGCUGUUGCUUUGUUCAUUGUGAUCUUAGGUAGACUAUUGUUUCCGUACAAGUGUCUCUCUGGAACGAAUUAUCUGUGUUAGACAAGGUGGUGGGAAAAGCGAUGAACUGCAAUAAAAGUCUUGUGGGAAGAGUUCAGCAUUUUAUGGUAUACAAUAUCAAAUUAAUAAGUAUUUCGGUUGAUAAUUCUAAUAGUAUCUUGAAACAAAAUGGAAAAAAUUAACCCUGCUUAAGCAAUUAUAACUUAGAUAGUUCUAACAAAUACUGGAGCAACUGACGGUGUAAGAUCAAGAUUAUUUAAGUGAAAGUUACAAAGAAUAUGUAGAUCGAUAUUAUUCGCUGUAUCUGGUAAAUAGUAAUGUAUCAGAAUUACCUAAACCAUCAUUGUAAAUAUUGCUGUGAAACGACAAUAACGAAACAUAGCACGCAAGUAGGGCAAAGCAUUUGUUAAUCUGAAGCACAAUGAAUGCUUGUAGUAGGCAACAUAACCAAUUGAAAAUCUUAGAAUCAAUCAUACAUAAUUGUACAUUAUCCCCCUGCAUAUUAGUUAUGAAAACGAUUGUAGUUCGCCUGUUCACUAUCCACCCUCUCCUAAUCAGGUAAUACAUACAUUUAUUAACUACAUAUUGAUGGGAUUAGUUAACUAGUGGGAGUAUGCUUUCGGUUUUGUAAAAUACGCGCAUUUCUUUCAACUAAAAGAGUCAAUUUACUAACUUGUACGUACACUUGUAGACCUAACUGAUAUAUGCGUUGCAGUUGAAUGAAGAUACACGAAGGGAAGAACAUAGUUCGAAGCUGCCCGAAGGUAGCUCGUGCUGCACAACUUAGGACAAAUAAUAUAGUAGUCAAUAUUGGGUAUGAGUGGUAGCGCUGACAAAUAUUUUGUUAAAGUUCUACUCUGAAUACUGUUGGACGAAUGGAAGUGUGGAAGAUUGUGGUUAUUUUGACAACAUUUUUUUGUUACACAAAGAUCAUCUUAAUACAAAGUGAAAUAUUUUAUAUGUUCAAUCUGUUUGUACAGUCUCAAUUUUUAGGUUUAUCAUUAAUCUUUAAAGCAUUUACUUUAAUCUUUACCGCUGAAUUAUUUAUUUACUAGCUGAUCCAUCGAACUUAGUCUCGCCUAAAAUUGAUUAGACGGCUUUUUUUUUUGUAUUCACAAUUUAUGUUUUGAUGUCUUUUCUGCUAUUCGAUUUCAUUAAGACCUUCAGAACCCAAGUAACAUUCUAAGUUCUAUAACACUCUUGGAGACCAAAAUUAACUUUUCAAGAAUGUUAUAAAACCAGUAUAAAACCAAAAUGUUACUAGGGAAUGUUAUUCAGAAAUGAGUGUUUCAUUUGUAGGAAACCACUCCUUCCCGACAGGAGGAAAGUUCGAACCACCAAUAGAAACGAUUCGUGUCUUUAAAAACCUCUACAAUGCUAAUUUGGUUGCAUUUGCUUGAUAGAAUCUUGAGCUAUGUAGAAAUUUCUGUUUCAUUUGUAUGACCCCUUUCCCCUGUCAGAGAAUCUCAAACAACAAUAUUCUAUAGAAACAUAUUCCGCAUAACUUUUAAAACGGACCUAAGCUACAUUUUUUAAUGAAUUUAUUUGAAUACUGCAAACAAAAGCUUUCAUAUUGGUCUGUUGAUUGCGAUAUUCAAAUUAAUUCAUGAAAACGAUGUUACUCAUGUCAUUUUGAACAUUGUUGGUCAUGCUAAAAUUGGCGUAAAAAUCUCAUUUAAUUUCUUAAAUGAAUUUAAUAUGCAGUAAGCAAAGAUGGGACUCCAGUUAGCCUUGCAAGCAAAUGCGAAGAAUUAUUAAUCCGGAGAUGGCAAGUUCGAUUCACGGUCCGGUCUAGGAUGUUUUCGGGUCGGAAACAUUCUCGAUUCCGACUUACUUACUUACUUAUGAAUCCUGUACACCUCCGGUGGUGCAAAGGGCCGACUUGAAAGAUCUCCAUCCUGCGCGUUGCAUAGCUAUCGCUUUAACCUGUAGCCAGGUUAGAUUUCGGUCGACUUCUUUUAUUUCUUUAUUGAGCUUCGCCGUGGGUCUGCCUCUGCUGCGAUGUCCCGCUGGGUUCAAAUCUAAUGCUUGUUUACAGAUUUCGUUUCCGCCCCUACGUAGAGUGUGGCCGACCCAGCCCCACUUUUGAUCCCGAAUUUCUAUUGCUAUCGGCCUCUGGUGACAACGACGAUGAAGCUCGUUGUUUGAGAUCCAGUUGUGGCGCCGCCAGGCCCGAAUUAUACACUGCAGGCAUCUGUUGAUGAACACCUGAAGCCGUCGAGUGUUCUCCACAGAUACAUACCAUGUUUAGCUAGCGUAUAACAGCCCUAGAAGCACAAUUUAGACUGAUUUGGUUGCAACAACUCAUAUAUGACCAGAUUUGGUCUUACAUAAGUGACAGUAACUCCUUUAUGACAAGUGUGCUGCUUGGGAGCACAGAUUUCACGUUAGAGUUGAAAAUUCGUAUUUUGGUGCGUUCACUUAUCUGCCUGUUUUUCCAGAUAUUUCUUAAACUCGCAAAGGCAGCCCUUGCUUUCUUGAUCUGUGCGCCUAUGUCGAUCUUGGUACCGCCGUCUGACACCAUUUGGCUACCAAGAUAUUGGAAACUUUCAACAUUCUCCACUGGUUGCCCGACUACUGUAAAACUGGAAAGAGUUACCGUGUUUACAUCCAACGAUUUGGUUUUGUUGACGUUGAUGACUAAACCUGCCGAAAAGGAGCGAUCGGCAAGGUCGUGGAGCUUACUCUGCAUAUCAGAGCGCCGUUGCGCGAGGAGCACAACGUCAUCAGCCAAUUCGAAGUCGUUUAGGUGUUCCAUGGUUAUAGGCUGCCAUAACAGCCCGCGGUUUGGUUCACGGUCAAUCGCAUCUACCAGAUUCUCGUCGAUUACGAUGAGGAACAGUGACGGUGAUAGAAUACAUCCUUGUCUCACACCAGCUACGACCCGGAUAGGGUCGGACAAGACCUCAUUGUGCAGCACUAUACACGAAAAGGCCUCGUACUGUGCCUCGAUGAGGCCGAUGAUUUUCUAAGGAACCCCCUUGCGUCUCAGGGCGCCCCACAUAUUCUCGUGAUUGGUCGACGGUCGAAAGCUUUUUCGUAGUCAAUGAAUACCAAGUAAAGGGACUCUUGGAAUUCGUUGACCUGCUCCAGAAUGAUGCGGAGUGUGACAAUAUGGUCCACACAGGAUUCGGCACGGAAUCCAGCUUGCUGCAGCCGGAGAGUCACAUCGAUCUUCUCCUGAAUCCGGACUAGGAUAAUUUUGCAUUCUCGAUUCCCUGGGCAUAAUGUAUCCUUCAUACUUGCCACACAAGCUACAAUACUCAUGCAAUGCAAGGGCAUAGAAAAGCUUUCUAUUAAUAACUGUGGAAAUGCUUAUAGAACACUAAGUUGAAAAAAGCAGGCAAGCUCUAGUUGGAAUGUGGAGCCAUUGAAGAAGAAAGAAGAAGAAGAAACAAAGAUUCAUGCAGUGUGUAGAAUUCUUAUUGACUAAUAAACGAUUGGACGAUUGGUACGGACACCAGAUUACCGUGCCCAAUUUUAACAAUGAUCGAACAAGCGAGCAGUAUAUAGCCUUAACCCUUCUAGGACGACUUUUUUACAUACGAAUUUGGAUUUUUUCAUUGAAUCCUGCCAAAACUAGUAUGGAUAUAACUAAAUAAGUGUUGACAUUUUUUUUCGGAUGUCCAAACCCUUCUGGAGUUUAUAUUCUUAAACGUUUUAGGAAAUAUGUCUAGAAACAAAAUGUCCUAAGCUGAGGUAUAUGUCCAAAAACGUUUUUUUAAUCAAGACUUAAAUUGAUCAAGUUAUGGAUAAAUGUAAACUAUUUCAAGGUCUCCAAAACGCCCUGAAGCUCAGAACAUGUGAUCUACCCGAUUAUUCAAGUCCUGAAAGAUGUAUUCGUGCAUCGUUAAACAUCCUAGCAGGUCGAUUGAGCUAAUAGAAUUUCGUUCAUUACAUUUACAAGCUACUACUACCCGAUCAACCAAGUCCUGAAUGAUAUAUUUAUUUAUUUAUUUACUAGUCGACCCGGCAGACGUUGUCCUGCAUAGUAGGCGAGAAUGUGCGUUCCGAACUGCCCAUGCAAAGUUCGCAUAGAAAUCACAAUUUUAGUUUUUCACGAUUUGCUCAACUUUAGUUGUAAUUUUCGCAUUAGGAAAUAUCAUAUAAACCCGUCGGAAACUAUAACGAAUGUUUCUGCUGAAGAAAUGAAAAAAAUCCAUCCAGCCGUUUUCGAGUUAUGCGUAUACGAACACAGACCAUUUCAUUUUUAUAUAUAAGAAGAUUACAAGACUAGACUAUUUCUAAACAUUAACUGAGACAAAUUAAAAUCAAAUUUCGCAGACACUUCGUUUAAACGACGAGAACAAACAUUGAAAGGGUUGUUUUUAGCAUUAGCAUUGUUACGGUGUAAUUCGUAGAUUGGACACUAGUGAUACUCAUGUUUUACUUUUGAGAUCCUUAUCUAGAAUGCUAUCAGAAAUCAAGAAGGGGAGUGUUCCUUGAUUCCAGUCUUAAACAAAAAUAACAAAAGCAUGAGGAUUACUACUCCUGGCCACGCCCAUCUUCACCGUAACUAGGGAGAGGAAGGAAGUGUUGAUGCAGUACUCACUUAACGAGAGGCCACCGACUUAGCGACACCCUCAUAAGUACCACGGAGUUGGAUAAUGAGGAAGGUAUUCGUUGGGUCAGGAUUUGCCUGUAGCUGGCAAUGUAACCAUGGUAGAUCUUACCCCGUAACACACCACGUAAAGGUGUCUACCCAGCAUUACGGGUAAAACAUUGAAAGGGUUGUUUUGCCCGAAAACAAUACGAUGAACAGGAAGACGAAGGAAUUCUGCACGCCGAGUAUUUCUAGCCGGAACGUUGAGAUCGAUGUUGUUCAAAAGUUCCGAGAAGUCGAAGUUGCUGCUUUAUAUGCCAAACAUGAAUAAGCGCUGCAAGAGAAUCCCUCAUGCUAGCAAAAGUUGUCAGAUGUACCAAGGUGCAACGAUGCUUACAUGAUGGCAAACGAACGGGAUCAUUCCAUGACAGUAGGCGAAGAGCGAAACGAAGGAAAUUCCGUUGAGUUCGUUCGAUCCAAUUAGUGUUAACGGCCUGAUGUGGUACCUAGACCAGCACACCAUAUUCAAGAAUGCUCCGUACAAGUGCGCAGUAGAUUGACUUCAAACUAUAAUACUUGGUGAACUGCUGUGUAUUGCGCUUUAUAAAACUAAGCACUGCGUAUGCUUUUGCAGUCGUUACUGCAAUGUGUUGAGCAAAAUUGAGAUGCUCAGCCAGUAGUACACCAAGAUCCUUGACAGUGAUGACUCGGGCGAUGCUGGCAGAUGACAUCAUAUAGUUGAAGACAGUUGCAUUCCUCGUUCGACAAAAUGAAAUCGCAUUACACUUCUUGAUGAAAAGCGGGGGUAGACGAUCGGGUCCAGCACCUUUAGAGUAAUUUUUAUAUCUCGAAGUUUGCUAGACACGUCCUCUGGAGAAAAGUUGAAAGGCGGUAUACUCAAUUCGUAUCGAGGCAAACUGCUCAAGCACUCUUCAGACGAAGGUGAUCGGUUAUUACUUAGCACGCUUCGAAAGAAAGACGAGAACAAAUUAGCUGAUUCGAGCGUUGUUUCAGCAAUAACUUCGUGGUAACUAAUUCGUUGAGGAAUUCUGCUCGUCUGUUUCCGACUUCUUACAAAUGACCAGAAUGGUGUUGGAUUUCGUUUAAAGCUUUCUGCCGUGCGAUGAAUAUAGCCGCUAGAGCAUUGCGCGUGCAAAUAGUUGUAUUUGGUCUCUAUGUCACGCAGCUCAACUUUGCGUUGUUCAUCCCUCGAACGGAAAAAUCGCUUUCUAGCUUUACGCAAAUGGUUACAGAGAUGCAGCCUCUUUUCCACCAAGGCUGUCUUUUCCUCAUAGGUAGGCAUCGUUGUUUCAACAGGACAACAUCUUUGCUUUACGGGACUGCGUUGUCCAACGCUGCGAGUGACUUGUAAUCUUUCUAAAGACUACUUUUACUAUCUGCACCCGGUGCAGAGUUGAUAAUUGGUUUUGAAAAUUGAUAGUGAAAGAUGCAAGAAAUCACAGAUCUACCUAAGCCGAUAAUAUUGUUUAACACUGGGAAAAGAAGUCUCUAAUGAGUGUCAAAUGACAAUACGUUUCCUGCACGCUGCGUAUCCAAAUCAGCUGGAAUCUACGAUAACAGUAUAAGCGGUUUUGGCCUUUUUUUAAACUAAAAGCAGAAAAAUUUAAAAACUACAUGCAAGUGUUAUGGUGCGGUGACUCAUCAUCUGAUGAAGCGUGUCUUAUUAAGUAGCUUUUCGAAAGGCACUCGCAAACAUUGCAUUUCAAAGAAUAAAACUCAACGGCAUCCGGACCGGAUGACAUUCCAUUUCCUAGCUAAAAAAGCGAACUGCUGCUUCACUGGUGCGUUGUUGUGAUACAAUUAUGCACAGCUACAUACUAAUGGUUUUGGUUCACCCGAGCAGUACAAAUCACAUAAAAAUAGUUACAGUUAGAUUGUGACUUAAUCUGGUCACAUAUCCUUUGGAAUAACCUGUAUGGAACAUGCGUGCUGCUAGAGCGGUUAUUCGUGUUCUAAAUCUGGUAACGUAAACGUAUAAAACCCUUCAAUGAUAGGCUCCCACUUCAUCAACGCAGUAUGAGCUUUGGCGUUGGGGAGUGUUCGUCCCUCAGUAUUAGUAUUUAGGAAUCACUUCCGAUGACAUUUUGUAUUUUUCAGAGUUUGACCAACGUUGGUCGUAUGAGGUUCUAUUGAGAAUCUGGAGGUUUGCCUCAUUGUAAGUUGAGCCAUUUUACCAUGCUAAGCGGAAGCUAAACCGUCGCUUCUACUUGUUCACAGCGCCGUAGCGUGAGGUUGGCCCCCACCAAGGGCGCCAGGCCUUAGGCGGGCACCGAAAUCCAGAAUUUCACUAUGGGAAAUGAUACAAAAAUAUUCUCAAAUUCACUGGUUCAAAGUGAUUCAGUUUAAAGCUUUUAUCAAACGAUUUCCAUCAGGGACUACAUCCGUAAUCAACCGUUUGAAUAAUUUCCGGAAGGCCCUUUUCCGUUAAUAACUGAUACAAGUAUCACAUCGUCGGAACAGAAAGUAUGUUCCCCACAAUUUGGGAGAUUUGUAUCAUCGCCUUCUCUGUCUUAUUCAUCAUUUACCUGACAGAAAAGGAAGUUAAAUAGAAAGACAGAAAAGGCCAUUGGAAAGAUACAUGAAAUAAGCUUUUGGGAAAGGAGCUCUGGAUAAGGACUUCAAUACGCUAAAGGAGAAACACAGAGUACACUGUAACAAACGGAUCUCUUGGAUCUAUAUAAACUAGUAAAACUUUAAACAAGGAUGAAUAUUUGAAAUGACGGCACUCAUCUAACGGCAUGAUAAAUACGAGAAUCGGAAUCAAGGAAUUUCAGUAAUGAUGGUAACUGACCAAAUUCAAAGUUGAAAUUUACUGGUUCAACAAAAUCAACCAGUGCCACCAAACCAAACCGAUAGAGCCAUUCCAGAAAGUUAUAUAUCUUGAUCCGAAUAGGUCCAGAGUUAGUUUUUUCUUGAUACGACUUUGUCCAAUCACUAUUAAUACCAAUUCACUCCAAAGCUGAUUUUUAUUGAAAGGUCAGUAGUUCUUUCAAACCACCGACCAAGCCACUGUAUAGUUGGAGUUCAUUCCACUCCAAAGUAGAGUUCUUAUUGAUGCGACUGGGUCCGAUAGCGACCCUGCAGUUAGAUUUGCAUUAAUUUACUGCAAGUGCAUUAAUUCACGACAAAAAAUAUUAACGAUUUUUAUUUUGGCAGGGCAUCCACGCAAUAAUGGAUCUAGUCUUUUUAUUAGCGUCAUUGAAAUCGUAAAAUUCCCAGAAAAUAGAUUUCUAAAGACGUUCUGGUCUUUUACUGGCAUUAUGCAGAUUAAAGAGGCUCAAGGAAUUAAUGACGUAAAAGCUCACUCAGUCCACAACGCAGAAAAAAUCUUUGUUUUGAACAUGCAUGAAAGUAAGGGGCGCCAAAUAUAGGUUUCGCGCUGGGAGUCCACGCUAUGACUCUGCUUGUUCAUGAUAUUUAUUUUCAAGAACAAUAGGUAAGAAUAAGAAUCUUUAUCCACUGGGAUGUGACUGCCAUCUUAGAUUUAGCUUCCAAGACAGACGCUCGAGAGUGUACUCCUCGUAACUGGUGUCAGAAGGUCAGCAGGUUCCUAGAUUCGUGAUGGCAGGAUGAUUUUGCAUAGAUUAAUAUGCAAUAAGGUUAACGCUCCUAGAAUCCACACCAUGAACCCAAAUCAAUACCAUUCGAAUCCAAAGAAUUGGUGGGCAAAUUGUUUUAUUUUUAAUUAAAAAAAAAAAAUUUAUCAGCGUUGAGCACGCCGGAUAACAACAAAACACGACACAAAUUGAUCCUAAAUUACCUGUUUGGCAAAUAUUUUUGAUAUAGAAGGAUGUUGUUAAUAAUGAAACAGAUACCCUAUGAGUUGACAUGGUAAUUUAUUAUGAAGGGAGUGUUCUCGAAUCUGAUUCUUCUGGUACUUUUUUAACUUGGUUUACGCAAUUUUAUGAAGAGACGAUUAAAAAUAUUCUGUUUUGUUUAUGAAUGACUGGAUUGACUGUGAAUUGGAUGAGUGUUUGAGGUUGAAAUAAAUAUGUUCUCAAUAAAAUUACGUUAAGAACGGAUAAACCAAUUUGAGGUGUACUCACUCUCAAAGGCUGUGUUGACAAUAACAAAACCCUAGUUCGUAAGAUACCAAUAAUGUAGCAGAAAACUAAGUAUUUGGUGACACUAUGAUUUGCCUGGAAUUAAUACGUUAAUUAUUCCAAUUAUUGUUGAGUUUCAAUCGUUAUGAAAAUAAUCGAUAUUAUUUUUAGCAUGUAAGUAAACUGAAGCAAACCCAAACAAGUUGCGAAUGUGACAAAUACAAUAAAACCCUAGUUCGUAAGUAAUAAUGCAGACGAUACUUUGUAAUAUAAUAGCGGAAUAAAGAGUAAUGUAAACUUGUACGCCUGCAACAGAAUACCAAAAUAAUAUACUUGUAGGUAAUGUUAAUGAGAAGAAUUGUGCAUUUAAUGAACUGAAUAGGGACAAAUAUUUAAAAUUGGAGCGCAUUGCUGUAAAUAUUUUGUAUCGUUGUAAGUUCAAUGAUUCACAAUUAUGCAGAGGAUGUGAAGUAGUAAUAUAAAGACUUUACAUGACAAAAAUAAAGCGUAUUAUAAAUUUUCUGUUCACAUAACAUCACUUAAUGAAGUAAGUUGAAUAUUCUAUAACGGGUAUUACAGUUAUCAUUUAACUAAAUUUAAUAUUGUUUGUAAUUGUUAUUUCAAAAUAAGGUUUGUUUUGACUAUGUCUCUAACAUGUGUUGAUCGUGUAUCGAAUACGAACGAAUAAAAACUUACAGCGUAGCUCAUAAUGAUAGGGUUAUUUUUUCUGUACAUUGUGUAACAAAUAAGUUCAAAUAGCCCAAAAAACUUCACUAAAGGAUGGCAAUUUCUCUUGCACAAGUUCCAUCCUCCCUUUCUAGUAGCACAUCCUUCCCAAAAAUCGAAAAAGUAAAUAUAUACACCUAUACAAGACUGACUGUUGACAUGCGGUGGAAUAAUCGUUGAACAGUCAGACCAGUUUUCCAACUGUUUAAGUUUCGUUAUAUCAACUGUUGUUGUAUUUAAAAAUAUUUAUCAAAAACUCAUAAACGAGAAAUACAUGAAAACUCCUCUCUGAUAUUAAAGCUCUUGACUCUUGAGUGGAGCAGAGAUAAAUCAGAAUUCAGGCAACUGACAAACAAGAAUAUAAAGAAAAACAUUACAAAUCAUCAUUGUUAGAUUAAUUGUUUACACCGAUAGCAUCUACUAAUAGGAUAUUGUAUGAAAUAUAAAAUUAAAUAAGUUGAAAGUUGGAUUACGCUAGUCUCCCAUGUAUAAAGCAAAUCAAAUAAAACCAUUAUCCUGAUAUGGCAUUGAUCGUAUGUAAUAACAAAAAAAAAUGUGAACAAAAUAAGUUUCUUCUUCAUCGUGUUUGGAUCCGGAUGUAGGCUGUAAGAUAAAUGUAAUGAAAUAAAAAAAAUCAAAAGGUAAUAAAUUCAAGACUCCGUGCUGAGUUUGCGAAUCGCGAGGGAAGAAGUGCGGUACAACAUUAUAGGCUACUACAGCAAUCGAAGACGAACAGCAACUAUAUUGAAUCAUUUAAGCUAUGAGACAACCAAUAAAGAUACGUAUAUAUUAAACUGUUGAGAAUCAAAA